AAACUCUGGAAAGUGAUGCUAUUCCUCUACUAUCUACUUUUCAAACCUCAAAUACAAAGCAUUGAACCUCUUCUAUUAUUUGGACUGAUAAUGCACAAACGAUUUAGAUUUCAAGAAAGUUAUGGUGGUGAUGCACUAUUUGAAAAAGAUGAAUCGGAUCAACAUAUUAAGAAUAUACAAUUUACAAUUCAAACUUCAUCCGAUAUUUUGAAGAACACACCAACCAAUUUCACCUAUCAAAUUAUUCAUUAUAGAGUUGUUGAACAUAUGUUUAUCUCGAUAAUUCAACAUACUCCAAUUUUAAUAUUAGUUUAA